AUGAAACUGAGUUAAUCCAACAAAUUAUUAAUUUCUCCUCUAAAUAGUUAAUAGCCUAUGUUUCCUACUAUUUCUUGCAAAACUUCAGAGUCUCCUUCAAAAGUUGUGAUCCCUCUUACUAAUUAUUUAUUAUUUGAAUAACAACUGGAUUAAAUAAAUGUUAACAGGAUAAAUGGUGAUAAAUAAUAAAAAUAUGAAAGAGCAGAAGCCUUCUAUAAAUACAUUCAUUAACAAGUAGUUAAAAAGAAUGAUUAUAAUCGAGAAACAUCUAAAAUAUAAACAACAACUGUUGCAAAUGAAUCUGAGGAUAAAAUUAAAAAAUCUAAAGAAUAACCUCCUAAUUCACAUUUACUAAAGCAAAUUCAAGAAAAACAAAGCUAUUAAAGUAUUUUCAUAAACCUUAUUAUUAGAACUCUCGAGAAUGAGUAAAUCAUAUAUUGAUAUCCCUUCUUCAAAUUUAUGUAAUUAAAUACAAAACUAAUGCAUUGUUGAAUUAGACCAAGAAUAAGAGGAUGGUGAAUAAAAUUUAGAUAGUAUAAUUUAGAAUAAAUUAAAUAAAUCACCAAAUUUAUAUUGUAAUUUAAAGGGUAAAAAAAAUUGCAAGUUAAUAAAUUAAUCAAAAGUAUCUAAUUUUAUUAUAAUUAUAGGUUGUCUUGGAUUUUAAUUAAUAAAACAAAGAAUAUAAGGAUCAGAGCUUUUAACUCAUUCACUUGAUUAGAAAGGCUUAACAAAAUCUAUUAAAACAAAAGGAAGAUGAUAGACAGUUAUAGGAAAAAGAAUAUAAACUGAAAAAAAGUAUAAGGCAAAAGGAAAGAAAAGAAGGAAUGUAUAAUGCAUAGUUAGGCUUGAAAAGUAGGAGGUUAAAGUCUCUAUUGAAUGCUUUAAAAGGAACGAAUGACAAAAAGAUUGAAGAUGAUAUAGUCAAUGAUAUUAGAAGAAAAUAUUAGAUAUAACGAAGUCAGUCUACAAUUAUAAGUAGAAAGAGUUCUUUUUAAUUAUCUAUCCUAAACUAUCUCCCUGAUGAAUAAUUUGAAGACAAGUAAAUCAGAAAAUUUUCUUAGGUUUCUGAUAUUUGUAGUUCUGAAAACUCAUUAGAUUAAACAUGUAAUUGUUUUGUUAAAUGA